GCGGGCCGGGCCAAGGGGCGGAGCAGGCCCCGGAUGCACUACUUUCUCAGGCUGUCGGCGCAGCCGCCGAGUUCCUGUGGGUGUCCUUCACCUUGUGUGGCGCCGCGGCCCAAAGACUGGGCGCCUGGACGCGCGAGGGGAGGAAGGGCCUGCCGGGAGGGAGCGAACCCGCCUCCCUCGGGCUGGCAACAUGUCGCUGGCGGCGGAAGCGUUUGUGACUCAAAUAGCAGUGAGAGUUGUGUGUGGAAUUGGAGAUGGCAGAGAAAUGCUGCUGCAAAUGGAAUAAGAGCCACAUGAAUUAGAAUCUGUACUACUGACCACAUCUGCAGAACCGUGGCCUCAAAAUGCUGCAUUGUAUCAGCCAUUGAAAGAGGAACAAAUUUUGCUUUCAGACAAUGCUGCCUGUCUUGCUGUUCAGGCCUUUUUGCAAAUGUGCAAUCUGCCAGUCCAGGUGGUUUGUAGGGCAAAUGCAGAAUAUAUGUCCCCAUCUGGGAAAGUGCCCUUUAUUCAUGUAGGUAAUCAAGUGGUUUCUGAACUUGGCCCUAUUGUCCAGUUUGUAAAAGCCAAGGGCCAUUCACUUAGUGACGGGUUGGAUGAAGUCCAAAAAGCUGAGAUGAAAGCCUACAUGGAAUUAGUCAAUAAUAUGCUUUUGACAGCAGAGCUGUAUCUUCAGUGGUGUGAUGAUGCUACAGUCCAGGAGAUUACUCAUCCGAGGUAUGGCUCUCCUUAUCCUUGGCCUCUGAACCAUAUUUUGGCCUAUCAGAAGCAAUGGGAGGUUCAACGUAAAAUGAAAGCCAUUGGCUGGGGCAGCAAGUCAUUUGAUCAGGUGCUGGAAGAUGUAGAUCAGUGUUGUCAAGCACUUUCUCAAAGGCUUGGAACACAAGUGUAUUUCUUCAAUAAAAAGCCAACUGAGUUAGAUGCUUUGGUGUUUGGACAUCUAUUCACAAUCCUUACUACCCAGCUCAUCAGUGAUGAACUGUCUGAGAAAGUGAAAAGCUACAGUAACCUCCUAGCAUUUUGCAGAAGAAUAGAGCAGCACUACUUUGAGGGACAGAAUAAAGAUAGCCCAGCAAGUGAUCCAUCCUCAUCGUUAAGGCGAGGUUUGAGGAGCUGAAUACGUUCUGGUGGCAGAAGUUCUGAACCAGAGUUUUGUUUUGUUUUUAUUUAACUGAGACUAGUAAUGGCUUUGAAAACUGGGCUCAUUGCACACUUCCUGUUUGAAACUGCCAAAUUGUUCUAGCACCCCCCAAAUCUGCAUGUGACUAAUUCAACACACCCACUAUAUAUAAUGUGACAUAAUUGGAGUUUCCCCACUAUGAUAGCCUGCAUGCCAUUUUAAUAUCUCUCUAAAGUGUCCUUGGAAAAGCAUUGUAUCAAAAUGUAAUUGCAAUAAAAUUUAUGAUAAUUAUACAAA